AUGGAGAACCCAGAAAGAACAGGUGCCAACAUACUUUGUGGGUUAAAAACAGAUUUGAAUUUACUGCUGGAAUGUCUGAAAUAUCAGAUGGACAGCCCUGUGACUCAGAAACAAGCCCUGAUCACCAUCCAUUCUAUAUGUCAACAGAACAGUGAAGCAAGUGAUUACUUUCGUGAGAUUGGAGGCUUGCAGUUUGUUAAUGGACUUAUAAAACUGAGUGAUGCUUCUAUUCUUCGAGAGGCUGCCUUGUUCACUUUAGGGGUGUUAGCUGAAAGCAGUGUGUACUGCCAGCAGAGUUUGUGCACUGCAGAACUGCUGUCUGAUGUUGCCUUGUCACUUGCUCAGGAGGAUACUUCAUUGAUUCUGAAGAGGAUGAAUAUCUAUGUGAUCCUGGUUUUGGUGUCACACAACAAGAUUGGACAAGCAUUGGCGAGGACAACUGGAUGUAUUGAUGUUCUUCUGAAUUUGUUCAGAACUAGUUUCCCAAUGUCGGACAAGGAGUCCAUGCAUGAAAACAUUGGUCAAUGUUACGAGCUGUGGUCAUCCAUUGGUAGCACUCUCUGUGCUUGUGUCAACAAUCCACAAAAUGAAGACAACCAGAGACUGUGUACAGCAGCCUUUCCAUUUGCAAAAGACUGCCUGCAGAAAUGCAUCAGACAAGAAGUAAUCAGGCCCAUUUGUGCAUUUAUUGGUCUCACUGUUGCUAACAACUCAUACGUACAGGACUACUUUUGCAAAGUUGGUGGCCUGGAUGCUCUUGCUCAGGCUCUUGUGAGAUUGGUGGAUGAAUCUGUAAGACAUCAUUCCAGCACAAAGCUGGCAAUAGCUGUGAUAAAGACACUGGAUUCCUGUAUUUCAGAAAAUCCUCCUGCGGCUUCCUGCUUGUCGGAAUACUUAAUCGUACCCAAGCUUCUGGCACUGUUGAUACAGAAUGGUCUUGACAUAAGCAGUAAAUUGGGCAUUAUUCUUGCUAUUGGGCACUGCACUGAUGGAUGUGAGGCGCAUCAGUAUCAGCUACUGCAGAGCAAAGGGCUUCCACUUAUGAUCCAAAUAGUAGCUGAAUCUCAGGAUGAGGAACAAAGGAAAGCAGCCACCUUCGUUCUACAGAGUUGCCAGCUAAUAACUGAGAAACUAUCGAAUAGCCUGGUAGAGAAUUUUCAACCAAGAGGAGACAUGGUUACUUCAACUGGCACUGAUUAUCAAAAGGACAACAGCCUGAAAAAUUAUUGGAAAUUUGCAGAAGGAUUUCUAAAUAGGAUAAAGACAUUAGAAAAACAGCAAGAAGAGCAGAUGAAAAGUAGUAUUUUGAAUGCUGGAGAGACAGAUGUACAGCAAAGAGCUACGGGAUCAAAUUCACAUGUGAACCUGAAGCUUCAGUCAUGUGAGCCAUUGCUCACAGGAACAGACCAGAUGGUGAAACAGAAGGAAGAUGUGCCACUGAAACAUUGCAGCGAACAGCAUUCUUUGGAUAAAUCUUGCAUGGAUAAUACAACAAUCAAUAAAUGGACUGGUGAAACAAGACAGGCAAAAAAUCAGGAUUUUACCCCAGAGAAAAGAAAACUCCAUUUGAAUCAUGCAGCAGAUGAAUACAGGGAAGAGGAUUCUGUUAUUCCUGCAAUUAAUUCAUCCUAUUCAAGAGCUGAAGGAAAUAAAAUUCAAUACCGAGAUCAGAGGCUAAUGGAAAAAGUGAGACGACAGAUAUUUGUAGAAGAUGAUUUUCCACAGGAGGCAAAUAGAGAAAUUACCAACGCAGAUCAGUUGGGAAAUGUUGACAAACUGAGUUCUGAUGCCAAAGCAAGGAACACAAAUAGCCAGCAAGAUGAUUUGCCCAUUGGCCCAGCUGGUAUUGGUGGCUCUAGUGCAUCCUCUGACACUCAGAACAGAGAUUACAUUCCAGAAACUGAUCAGCAGUAUGGUGCAACAUUUUGGUUUGCGCAGUAUGGAAAGCCAUCUAACCAGCCAAUAACUGUACCUGAGGCUAAACUCUCAAAACCAAGUACAUCAAGGAAAGAGCAGAAAUCCAGCGACAAGCACGAUUUUAAAAAGAGGAAUGACAUCUUUUCUGAUGGCCAGAACUCAUUCAAAAGACCUGCUCCAAUUAGCAGAAAGAGGAGCAAACAGAACAACAUAGAUCCACUGAUUCUGUGUUCCGAUCUAAUUGAUAAUGAAAUCACUAGUACUCUUACCAGUCCUGCAACUUCACUUAACGCGGGCCAAGAUUUCCGGUGUUCAGGUUGUUCAACUAUAUCAACCUCCCUGAAUAGCAGAAAUUUCUGCAAAAUUCUUCAGUUGUGCCCCAACAAAUGUGAUCGACACAAAGUGAUUCAAGAAUGUGAGGAUAGAUACAAGAAGGAGCUAAAGAAGUUAUUAACCUGUUACAGUACUAUGAAUGAUAAAAAGAUUCUUUUGACUCCAAUCAAAAAAACUGCAUCUCACAUGACAAAUUUCCAAAGACAACAAACAGAUUUGCAAGCCUGGCCUAAACCAUCUACAAAAGACGUGCACGAGAAAAAAAUUCUUUUGACACCAAUCCAAAAAUCUGCAUCUCACAUGACAAAUUUCCACAGGCAACAAACAGAUUAUAUAACUUGGUCUAAACAAUCAACAAAAGAUGUUCAUAAAGAAAAUCAGAAAUACCAGUCAGACUGCAGAAAAGGUUUGUGGACUCCACAGGUCUGCAACCAAACCACAUUUCGGGAUCAUAUUUAUUCUUUUGAUGACAAUAAGCAUUCAGACACAUGCGAAAACACGUCCGGAAUGAAACCAAAGACAAAAAGGCGGCAGCGCAAGGAUUUCACAGUAAAGGAAGUUAGCUACCUCCUAGAUGGAGUGAAGAAAAUGGGAUAUCACUGGAAUUCUAUUCUUUGGUCAUACCCAUUCCAGAAAGGAAGGACCAAUGUGGAUCUAGCACACAAGUACCGGAACUUGCAGAAAAGAAACUCCACAAAAUAAAGAUCAAGGUGGCCAAGACUCCUUGGAGGAAUGGGGAUGACCUCAAAUGCAUCUGUAAUUUUAGGUUGCCAUAUACAAUUCAAGGAACUAGGCUGUAUGGUGAGAUUUAGCAGCUGUACAGAUUGUAAAAGGCUAAAGAAACCUUGCUAUCGUAUUGUACUACGUGUAUUCUAAAAUGAAUCUAGAUUGCAACAGUUGCCCUCAGUGCUCCCGACAAACAAACUUUGUCACACCAUGUUGGAAAACGUAUGAGUCAUCUGGCAAGAACAGAAUUAGGCUUGGUUAAGACAGUCAGCAUUCACUGCUAUACUCAAACAGACAAAGCAAGUCCUUGGGUGAGGUACCAAAGUAUUGCUGGGGGUGCACAUCACUAGGAAGAGCCAAGCAUUCAGGGGGUAAUUGGUCUAAUUUGGAAUGGGAUGCCUCCCAUGUUUAUUAUAAAUUUCAGUUUACAAUAAUUAAGUAGUUUUGCUGCGCUUGUGUUCCCUCUCCAACUCCCGAGUGUAAUUUUGACAUAGUUCUCAACUGUUUAAAAAUGACUGAGUAACGUUACAAGUGUGCUAAUUAUAGUACUAACCAGUGUUCAGAGAAACGGCAACUGCUUAGAGAUUGGAUGGCAUGUCUAAAAUAUUUCUGCUUUAAACCAGUGGCAGAGAGCUUGCGGAAGCCUCAUACCACUAAUGAGCUGCUCAUCGGAAAAUCCUCAUACACAGUGACAUGCAGAAACUCUAGCUUCUGAGCUAGGCAGCUCUGCCAAUCCAACCAUUGAAGCCCAUACUACUUGGUAUGUUUGAAUUGUGAGAGUCCAGAGGGUUGGAAGGGAUUGGUGCUUGUUCUCAGCACAAUUGCUUCAGAAUACCAAAUGCUUGUUACUAUCAACAUCAUAGAAACAAUGAUUUAAAUUUUAUAGAUAGGUGUGUAUAAUAGGGUCAUCUGAGGGGCUAAGUGACUACUGCAGCUUUGAUGCAUUAUCAGAAUCCUAUUUAUUAUUUUGACUUCUUCAUAAAAAUAUUUAUCUGCACUAUUCACAUUGUAUUGAAUUUAUAUAGAAUAGAACAUUCCUUAGCAGUUUCCACUAGCAAGACAGUUUAAAAAGGAACUAUUAGUAAGUGCCAGCAAACUACUUAAUUUUACAUUGGCCUGCCAUCGAUGUCCUUAGCUUAUAAUUCCUUCUUGGGAAAGUCAGUUGAAAAUCCACAGAAGUAAUAUAGCAUGUCUACACUUGCCCCCUCUGCAUUAAAUCAUCCUUCCUUCUAUUGUGCCACUAACCUGACAGUUCAGAAAACCAGCACAUGGGGGAGCUGUCAAGAUAUUGUAACACCAUCAUACCAAUUCUUGCAUGAUAAUGUAUUAAAAACAAUAAACCCAGACUAAAACUCA